AUACGAACAGUUACACAAAAGAAAUUAUGUAUAGGUAUCCGAUUCUUUUGUUUUACAAAAAUAGAAUAUAAAAAAAAAAGAGAAGAUAGGACAUUAUGGAGAAUGAAUACGGAAGGAAAUAAAUGAAAAAAAAUUCUAUUCUCAUUGAAUAUGGUUAAUUGUAAUUCUGUUUGAGAUAAAUAAAAAUAUCUAUGAAUGUAUGUCAAAACUGCUAACCAAUGCGAUUUAUAUAAAUAUACACAUCUAUAUGAAUAUAUAUAGAAAUGAAUCGAUGUGCACAAACUGGAGACUAUGUUGGUGAAAUUCAAAUUACUGUAUUCAUAAAUUACGCUAUAAUCUAACCUUUAUUACAUAAUCUUUAUAUUAUAUGCAUAAUGUGAAUGGAUUUAAUUUCAUAAAUAACGCUGAUGAUAUUUAUUUGUCUUCACGUAAAUGAAUAUUUAAUUAAUUAACUGUUAUUUAAUUACAAGUAUGCAAUUAUAAGUUAUUCAUUUGUUAAUUAACAAUAAGAAACCCGAAAACAAAACGAUUGGAUAAUAAAUAGGUAUUAAAGCAGGCUUAUUGAAAUAUAAACUAUUUAUAUGUGUAUAAAUCCAUAUAUACCUCCAAGUAAUACAUAUGCAAAAUUAUCAAACGUAUUCAAAGGAAAUACCACAUAGCAAAACAUGUACUCCACAACUGAAAACUAUUAUUAAUACUGCUACUACUACUACUACUACUACUACUACUACUACUACUACUGCUACUACUACUACUAGUACUACUACUGUAGCGGCUACAAGCACUGCUUCCAUAAAUACUACCAUCGAUAGUCCUAUAACUACCUCAAGUUAUAUGAUCACGAGUAAUACAGUAACUGGUUACAAAAAUAAAUCAGAGCUGAAAUCCACCGGAGAAGUUAUUCCGUCAUAUCCAUCAUCUACUUUAAGUGUUAUUUCUGUUCUCCCUAAUUGCAUUAUUACCACUAGUAGUACAACACACCCAACCACUGCAAUAACAGAUUCAAAUAAAAAUGAAUUAUCAACAUUUUGUUUGUUACCUACUCAAACUAAUAUUUACACUACUGUUUCUACUGUCAAUAGUACUGUUAAUGAUAAUGUUGUUACAUCUAGUCCGCUGACAAAUUUAACUUCAUCACAUCAGUUCAAUCAAUCAACUUCUAAGAUAAUAUCUAAACAUUCAGAUUUGAGUUUAUUGAAACCUAAUCGACCAUCACUGAUUCGUAGAAAAGCAAAUAUAUCUGAAUCGGAUGCAUUUGAUAUUAUUAAUUCUGUAAAAAUUAUUACAACUAAUACAACAAAUAGUAGUAGUAGUAAUAAAAGUAGUAUAGCUUGUACACGUAAUCCAAGUAUGGAUACAAAUUAUCUCAUUAAUAAAAUCAAUUCAUUUGAAGAAGAGAAUCAACAACAAAUUUUAUCUUCUGUAAAUAAAAUCGAAUCUACAAAAUUAGAUGGAAAUAAAGUUAAAUCUAGUAAUACGUGUUCAUCAUCGACAUAUACAUCACAAUCAUCAACAACAUCUCCUUUGGAUCAUCAUUUAUUCCUUGAUUCUUUUGAUAAUAAAAUUAAAGAGAACAAUAAUAAAAGAAAACCUAAAGACAUUGAAACAUCGAACUCUGGUAUAGAAUAUAAAACAAUAGUUAAAUCAGCAUCAAUAUCACCAACAAAAAAGAAUUGUUUAAAACAUCAAAUAUCUCAACCAAUGAAUUUACGUAAUCGUUCAACACGUAAAAUGAGUUCAUCAUUUUAUAGUAAUUCUGAUACAAGUUUUUUAUCAAUGUUAGCUGCUAGUAGACCAUCAGCUGCUAAAGGUUUAUUAGGUGUAGCAAGCGCUGCAUUAGCUGCUGCUAGAGCUGGCACAUUUAUUAAUAAUCCAUAUAAUACUAUAAAUGAAACAAUUCAUAAACUGGAUAUUUCUAGAAAUUCAAGAUCUGUAGAAAGAAAUCAACAACAAAUGAAUUUAGGUUUAUGUUGUUGUCAGUAUCGUUGUUGUCCUUAUAAAUGUCAUCAUGAUGAUUAUCAUCCUAAUCAUCAUCUUCAUCCUCAUGAUCAUCAAUCUAAACUGAUAAAUUCACCAUCAUCCAGACUGAACUGGUUAAACGAACAAUUGUCGUUGUUCGGUUAUAGAUCAAGACGAUAUUCUGAUCCCGCUCUAAAUGUGACUGAUGAGAAAAUGGAUAUGGCUUAUAUAAAAUUGUUAAUAUAUUUAUCACAAAAAUCAUUCGUUGGUGAUGAAUAUGACAUGAUUAAGAAUAAUAAUCAGUGUUAUUAUCCUAUUGAAACUACGCAGACAACAGAUGACAUUCAUAAAAUUAAUCGUAAAGCAUCUUUAUAUGAUCCAAUGGCAAUGCCAAUAAAAAAGGAUGAUUAUUUUCUUAGCGAGUUAACCGACCGUAAUUCUACUAUAUAUAGCAGUCUCAUGGAUUUAAAUAUGCCAGAUAUUUUGUCACCUAGCGAUAGUAAUGUAGGUGAAAUAGGUAAGUGUAAUUCAACAAUACUGCUUAAUAGAGAUCCUCCAUAUAAUGAUUUAUUGGAAAAGAAGAAUAAUCCUAGCACAUAUAGAUAUUAUACACCUAAUAUAAUACAACAACAUACUGAUAACGUACAACAACAUCAUCAAUCAUAUUAUGAGGAAAAAGCAAAUCAGUACACAUCACAGUUACAGAAAAAUGAUCCCAAAGAAGUGAACAGUGGUACAUCUAAGGGAAUUGGUUAUGGAGGGAUUCCUGCUGUGCCCACAGUAAUCCCUGCUAAUAUACCAGCUGCUCAUACAAUCAAAUCAAAACGUACAGGACUGGAUGCAAUCGGAUUGGAUUUUAUGCGCGCAAAUGGUGCCAGACCGGGUUUAAUACAAUUAAGACAUGUAAAAGAGUUUAAAGCUGCUAAAGAAUUGGAAAAUCAGUAUCAACAACAAACUUCACGUAAACAAGAAAAUCAAGAAACAAAAACAAAAAUAAAGCAUUCAAAUAUUAGUAAAUAUCCAUGUACUCUUGGUAUAUUUCCAGCUAGAAGUAGUAGUGGUAGUAGUGGGGGUUUAAUUGGAACUAAUCAACAAAGUCCAUUUCAUCAUUUAAUUAGUGGUGGUGUUCUCGGUGCUACUGUAUUAACAUUAGCAGCUAAAGAUAAUCGUUCAACCAAAGAAUUAAUAGAUAUUCAGAAACAUCAACAACCAACAGCUUCCCAGUUAGAAAAAAACACUAUAUCGCAAAUGAAAGAACAACCGAACUUAGAAGAAAAUAGUAGUGAUAAACCAUGGACUCAACAACGCAUUAAUCAAAAUAAUGAAGCUUUACUUGAUGAAUAUCAUCAUGAAUGUAAUUGUUCUAAUCUAGCCAUUGAUCCUUUAGCCGCGGAACAAGUUAUUUAUAAUCAUGAUGCAUCAGUAGACUCUAUAACAAGGAAUGCACAUAAUCUUUCAAGCGAUACAAGUAAUGCAAGCAAGACAAGUCAGCCAGUUUCAGAAAUUCAUUUGCAUAAACACAAUCACUAUUAUGAUAAAAUAAGGUAUCAACUAGCCCGUUCUGCUACUGUCACAUCAUCAUCGCCAAUGAAGAAACAUAUUCAACUUGAAACUACUCACAAUAUUAAUCAACGUCAAGCAGAUUUGAUUGGAUUACAAGAAACUUUAAGUGUACCGGGUUUAGCAAGACAGUGGACAGAUGACAGUGAUUACACUGAUGACUACAGCAUUUAUAAGAGACAAAAUUCAUUCGAAACAAAUGAUAAACAACAAAGCUAUGAUAGUAGUAAUAUGUCGUUGUAUACACACUCUGCUAACACAUAUAAUGAGACAUUAUUCAAGCAAUAUGAUACUAACAAUGAAAAUCAAUCAGGUAGAAUAAAUCAAGAUAACAACUUAAGAUUAAGUAAUACAAAUGUAAAGUUCGUAUCAAAACAACCCAGUUUAGAUAGAAACGAAGUAAAAAAUGUACAGUUUAAUAAAGAAUUAAAUGAUGAAAAACGUGCAAAUAGUGUUACAAACUACUUGAACACUUGCCCAGUAUCCUACUUAAAUUCAGGCUGUCACUCUCGUAUUAGACGAUUAAGAGAAAAUUUUGAGAAAACUAGAAGUUCAACAUAUACAUGGAAGCCAACAAGGAAUAUGGGAGGGUUAUUAGAAAGUAGAACAGAUGAGGAACAACCUUUAGCCACUACACGAAUUUCUGGUAGUGAUUCUCGAGUCUUCCAUACCCCAGAAGCAUUAGCUACAAUUGUAGAUAAGAAUUCUAUAAUUACAGUGGAAAAUGUACCACAAAUUUCAAUUGAAGAAAACGAAGAUACUGGUAAAUCCGUGAAAAUAUCAGGGAUUAAAGAACAAGAAAGAUUUUCACCCCCUACAUUAGAUUUACAGGUUACUGAUAAACAUGAUAAUGCUGAUGAUAUACAUAAAACUCCAUUAAUAUCACCUUUAAUCAAUAUAGAAUCUGAAGUGGAAGAAACAGCAGACGACAGCGAACGAUCCAUAAUGCAACGCCGACGCGAUGCAAUGAAUAAUCAACAUCAACAAAGAACAAUUAAGAAUGUUGGCUAUCGUUUAGGUAAACGAAAACGUCUAUUUGAGAAACGAUGUCGGAUAUCAGAUUUUUCAUUAAGUUUCGCUGUAUUUGGUAUAUUAGUCAUGUUGGUUGAGACGGAACUUAUAUUUGCUGGUGUUUAUGAAAAGGAUUCCAUUUAUUCAUUUAUAACAAAAACGUGUAUAUCAAUAUCAACUUGUAUUUUAUUGGGUUUGAUUUUAGCUUAUCAUGUUUAUGUUAUCAAGAUAUUUUCUUGUGAUGAUUCCAUUGAAGAUUGGAGAAUGGCAGUAGAUUGUAAUCGUAUAUUUCAAAUGACACUUGAAGUGCUUAUCUGUAUUAUACAUCCAUUUCCAGGAUCAUAUCUUAUAGAAUUCCCUGUAUCGUCUGCCUUAGUCGGUCCAGGAACAGAAAUUUAUUCACCUGUUUAUCAUAGUCAGCAAACAACUAAGUCAUUAACUUUGCACAACACUACGCGAACGACAACUAGACAAGCUACAAAUAGGACUGUUAAUUUUAGACCAUUUUCUGGUUUAUCUACAUUUACAACCCCCAUUACUUCUACGUCAAUUGUGUCAACAUCAUCAUUACCAUCAUUAUCUACAUUCUCAUCUUUCGAUAGUGUACAAAGUCAUUCAGUUAAAAUUGUAUCAAUAGACUUAAUUCUUUCUGUACCAAUGUUUUUUAGAUUAUAUUUAUUGUUUCGUGUUAUGUUAUUACAUUCGAAAUUGUUUACUGAUGCUGGAUCACGUAGUAUUGGAGCUAUGAACAAAGUUAAUUUUGAUACAAGAUUUAUUUUUAAAACUUUAAUGACUAUGUGUCCUGGAAAGCUUCUACUUGGUUUUAUAUUAUGUCUAUGGAUUGUUUAUUCGUGGACAUUAAGAGCAUGUGAAAGCUUUUAUGACACGGAGAACGGAAGUUUACUAAAUUCUAUGUGGUUAAUUGCAGUUACAUUUUUGAGUAUUGGCUAUGGUGAUAUUGUGCCGCAUACCUAUUGUGGUCGUGUGAUUGCUUUAGCUACAGGGGUUAUGGGUUCUGGGUGUACAGCGUUAGUUGUUGCAGUAUUCGCUAGAAAAUUAGAAUUAUCUAAAGCAGAAAAGCAUGUGAUUCAUUUUAUGAUGGAGAAUCAAUUAAAUAAAAAGGUUAAAAAUUAUGCUGCUAAUGUACUACGAGAAACAUGGCUUAUUUACAAAUAUACAAAACUUGUCAAACGUGUAGAUGCUUCUAAAGUUAGAACACAUCAGCGUAAAUUUUUAAGAGCAAUUCAUGGUCUUCGCAGAAUGAAACUCGACCAAAGAAAAGUCCAAGAUUCUGCAAACACUCUAGUCGACUUAGCUAAAACCCAGACAAACAUUUAUGAAAUUGUUACUGAUUUACGAAUGGAACAAGGUUGUCUACAACACAGAAUGGAGACUUUAGAAUCAUCACUGAUAAAAGUACAGGAACAACUAAGAGCACUACCGGGUUUAGUAAGAACAGUGAUUAUACAACAACAUUUAGCUUAUCAAAAAUUAGUCACAACAACAACACCUGGUACUACAUCAUCAAUUAAUCAACCACUGACUUUAAAAUUUGAAGAACAUAAAUCAUAAAACAUUUUACACUAUGAUGUCUAUAAUAUGUAACUUCUUUCUUGAAUAAUAUCCAUUUCGGAUAAAUUCGUUGAAUGUAUGUGAGAUUGACAACUGGGCAGCUUUGAUAUAUAACUAAUGAAAUCAACCUGUUUUACCUACGGUUUCUUUUCUUUCAAUUCAAUGUAAUAAAUGCAUAUACGUAUAUAUAUAUAUAUAUAUAUAU